UGGAACAGCUGAUAACAGAAGGAUGGGAAUGCCAAAAGGGUUCCAAUUUGCGAUUGACCGGGGUGGAACAUUCACUGAUGUGUGGGCGAAAUGUCCAGAUGGUAAAACAAGGGUCCUGAAAUUGCUGUCAGAAGAUCCUGUCAAUUAUUCUGAUGCCCCGAGGGAAGGAAUUAGGCGGAUUCUCGAACAGGAAACAGGCAGACCAUUCCCACCAUCAGAUGGUGUGGACACCUCGAGCAUUGGAUGGAUCCGGAUGGGAACCACUGUUGCUACCAAUGCGUUACUGGAAAGGAAGGGGGAAAAGAUGGCCCUAGUCAUCACCAAGGGCUUCAAAGACCUUUUACACAUUGGCAACCAGGCCAGGCCAAAUAUAUUUGAUUUGGAGAUAAUCACACCAGAUGUUCUCUAUGAAGAUGUGGUUGAAGUUGAAGAGAGAGUCAUCCUUUCUCAGGAAAAAUGUGAAAUCAAGGAAGAAAAUGCUGAACAUGUCACAGGGCGGACAGGAGAAGGUGUUGAAAUUUGGCAAAGAGUUGAUGAAGACAAGCUGAAGGUUGACUUAAAGAGACUCCUCCAAAAAGGCAUUCGUAGUAUUGCAGUUGUGUUGAUGCAUUCGUAUAUUUAUGAUGACCACGAGAAGCAGGUUGGUACCAUUGCUGAACAGAUGGGAUUUAGCCAUGUGUCCCUUUCCUCUCAGAUUAUGCCGAUGGUCCGUAUUGUCCCCAGAGGAUAUACAGCAAGUGCCGAUGCAUACCUGACACCCUGCAUCAGGAAAUAUGUCAAUGGUUUCUGUUCAGGCUUCAAGGAAAACCUGAAGGAUAUCCAAGUGCUUUUCAUGCAGUCCGAUGGAGGCCUAACCCCUGUGGAAAAGUUCUACGGGUCACGUGCCAUCCUUUCUGGGCCUGCUGGAGGUGUAAUCGGCUAUGCAAUCACAACUUACGGGAAGGAAACUGAGCUGCCAGUAAUUGGAUUUGACAUGGGUGGGACAUCAACUGAUGUGAGCCGUUAUGCCGGAAACUAUGAACAUGUCUUUGAGACUAGCACUGCUGGUAUUACGAUACAGGCACCGCAGCUGGAUAUAAAUACAGUGGCGGCAGGUGGAGGAUCCCGUCUCUUCUUUAGAUCCGGCCUGUUUGUCGUCGGACCAGAAUCUGCUGGAGCUCAUCCUGGACCAGUGUGCUACAAAAAAGGUGGGCCCCUAGCUGUGACUGAUGCCAACCUCUGCCUUGGACGUCUCCUGCCGCGUUACUUCCCCACGAUAUUUGGACCAAAUGAAGAUGAGCCCCUUGACAAGGAGACCACAAUGGCAGCAUUCAGGAAACUUACACUUGAGGUAAACGAAUUCUUGAAGAGUCAGCCUGAGAAACAUGAUUCUAUGACCACUGAAGAGGUUGCUAUGGGUUUCAUCACGGUUGCUAAUGAAGCCAUGUGUAGACCAAUCAGGGCUUUAACUCAGGCGAAGGGGUACGACACAUCCCGUCAUGUCCUGGCUUGCUUUGGAGGAGCCGGUGGUCAGCAUGCCUGUUCUAUCGCCAGGAGCCUUGGCAUGAAGACCGUGUUCAUUCACAGGUAUGCUGGUAUUCUGUCCGCCUUUGGUCUUGCCUUAGCUGAUGUUGUCCACGAGGCCCAGGAACCUUGCGCAUGUAUUUACCAAAAAGAUAGCUUUGCGCACAUUGAUGAGCGAAUAAAAUAUCUCAAGGAUGAGUCUGUGGCAGAAUUGAAGACGCAAGGUUUUGAAAGCUCCCAAAUACAAGCAGAGGCCUUUCUGCAUCUGCGUUACCAAGGAACAGACUGUGCUCUGAUGUGUUCAGCUGAAGGCUACCCAGCAGACAAGAAUUCCUCAUCUUAUGGAGACUUUGCCAAAGGUUUUACGGACAGGUAUAACAGGGAGUUUGGGUUCACGAUGCCAGAUCGCGUGGUCAUCGUUGAUGACAUUAGAGUAAGAGGGGUUGGGAAGUCUGCCAUUGAUACAGAAACGCCGAUACCUGAUGCAACAACACCAGCCGUGAAAGAGGGGGUUACCCAGUGUUACUUUGAACAAGGUUACUGCGAGACGUCCAUCUAUAAUCUCGAGAAAUUGCUUGCUGGUCAUGUCCUACCGGGUCCUGCGAUCAUCGUGUCCUCAAAUAGCACAAUUUUAGUGGAGCCUGAUUGUAUAGCUACUGUUACCAGAAAUGGAGAUAUCAAAAUCAAGAUAGGUCAAGGCCACCAUAAGAAGAUCGAAGCCGAACUGGAUCCAAUCCAUCUCUCCAUCUUCUCACAUCGUUUCAUGAGUACGGCGGAACAAAUGGGACGGGUGUUGCAGAGGACAGCCAUUUCAACAAACAUUAAGGAAAGACUGGACUUCUCGUGUGCUUUGUUUGGCCCGGACGGAGGUCUCGUGGCCAAUGCCCCCCACAUUCCUGUACACCUUGGUGCUAUGCAGGAGACUGUCCAAUAUCAAAUGAGGGCCAUGGCCGGUAAUAUUCACCGUGGCGAUGUGUUGCUAAGUAACCAUCCCCAAGCAGGCGGCAGCCAUCUUCCUGACUUAACUGUGAUAACACCAGUAUUUUACCAAGAUAUAGAGGAACCUGUCUUCUUUGUUGCGAGUCGGGGUCACCAUGCUGAUAUAGGAGGGAUCACGCCUGGGUCUAUGCCACCACAUUCCAAGUCCAUCCAUGAGGAGGGUGCUGUAUUUAAGUCGUUUAAACUCGUGGAGAAGGGUGUUUUCCAAGAGCAAGCUGUGAUAGACAAGUUCAAUGAACCUGCUAAAUAUCCAGGCAGUAGCGGAACCAGGAACCUACAUGAUAACCUCAGUGACCUCAAAGCUCAAGUUGCAGCCAACCACAAGGGGAUCAAACUUGUUUGCGAGCUGAUUGAUGAGUACGGCUUGGAUGUGGUCCAGGCUUACAUGGCCCAUAUACAGGCCAACGCUGAGAUAGCCGUCCGAGAGAUGCUGCGGGAAAUUGCCACGAAAUCUGGAACGGAUCAAUUGUUUGCUGAGGAUUUCAUGGACGACGGGUCGAAGAUUAUGCUCAAGAUAGAUAUCGACCAUGAAAAGGGUAGCGCGCUUUUCGACUUCACUGGUACUGGCUGUGAGGUGAUUGGUAAUUGUAACGCGCCUCGUGCCAUAACCCUGUCAGCCCUGAUCUAUUGCCUGAGGUGCAUGGUCGGACAUGAUGUUCCACUUAAUCAGGGCUGUUUGACUCCGGUCAGGGUGAUCAUUCCAAAGGGUAGCCUCCUCGAUCCCUCAGAAACUGCAGCGGUUGUCGGUGGCAACGUAUUGACAUCACAGAGGAUUGUUGAUGUGGUCUUCAAGGCUUUUGGUGUCUGUGCGGCAUCCCAGGGUUGUAUGAACAACAUUACAUUUGGGGACGAGUCUGUCGGAUAUUAUGAGACAGUGGCUGGUGGAUCUGGGGCGGGCCCCACUUGGGACGGUCGUAGUGGCAUCCAUACUCAUAUGACUAAUACUCGAAUAACAGACCCAGAGAUCAUUGAGAGAAGGUACCCUAUCUUGCUGAGGCGAUUUAGUCUCAACCCAGGUACUGGAGGUGCAGGGAAGUUCCGAGGAGGCGAUGGCAUAGUCAGGGAACUGCUUUUUAGGAAGACGCUGGAGUUAUCCAUACUCACAGAAAGGAGAGUGAUGCAACCUUAUGGCCUACAAGGUGGUGGUUGUGGGAUGCGAGGGCUGAACAUCCUUGUUCACAGCGACGGGCGAAGUGUCAAUCUUGGAGGCAAAACUUCAGUUACAGUCCGAGCUGGGGAUCAAUUCCAGCUCUUUACUCCUGGGGGUGGUGGCUUUGGCUGUCAAGAUGACAACAGCAUAGAUGAUCACGACGGUGGCUCCAAAAAACGUCGAACCGACCCAAUAUCAAGCCAGAUGUACUUGCAGAAAGGGAGCGUCUAUGCUUAUAAACUUGCUCAGGAGUCCGCUUAAGGACAAUCUGAUGUCAGCGUUUAGGCAAUGCAAGAAAUGGACACAAAUGCUUUAAGGGGGUGCUAUAGGCCGGAAGCUAGGGGGUUGAAUUGGUUGUCUCCAGCUGACUAAUAUGCAGUUAGUAUGCAAGCUUUGUUGUACUGACAGAUGAGAUGGGAGUGACCUCAGUUGGUGACAUUGGGUGAUAUGAAUAAAGGCUAGCAAAUGCUUUUACUUCAAUUUUGUACAGAAAGGCCAAGUGUAAAUGUACAUGGAGAUUUAUAUAAAAGCAUUUACUACUCUUUAUUCAUAUCACCCAGAGUGUCACUUUUAAAUCUAACUAUCCAUGGCUCCCUGGCUUGUAUAUUUGUGGAAUAGAGAAAAUCACUUAUUGAUAGUAUAAUGGAAAAAAAUUGUUGUGCAGCUCUAUGAUGUUUAUUGUCAAUUUUUAGAAACGGUGUCUAUUUAAAUUUGAAUUAUUAGUAUGUUUGAGAAUAAUGGUAAUGGAAAAGAGAAAUUAUUGAAGAAACAAACAAGAAUAAUGUUAUUA